UCCCUAUCAAUCAAGCAAUCUGAGCCACACACAAAAAUGCCGUAGGCGAACAGGCACAUGGGAUCCUGAGAGGCGUAAUAUGUGUAAAGGCGUAGUGAAAUAAUGAUGUGCGGAACGGACGGCCUUUAGCGUAAGGCGAUUUUCUGGGAAACGAAGGAUGAGGACCAGGAGCAAGGCCCAGUUUUUUAAUCAUCUUUUGUAGAAGUGCGAAUGGCGCUAGUGGCGGGGAGGGAGAGGCAGCUGUCCCGAGAUUGAUUGAUAGACGGCAGUGGGCAGGUUUUUAUAACAAUUAAAGGGACAGGACGAGAUUUUACAAAGAAGAAAAAAACAACCAGUUUAUAAUUUUAGCCGCAAAUAUGACAUUCGGCGACGCUAAACGCUGAUGUUUGCGGAGGCCAACGAAGCCCCUUGUGUAAACAAACAUUCACCUCCAUUUCAGACGGUUUCCUGCUACGGUUACGUUAGCUAGCAUUAGCCAUGGCUGUGUUCUGGGGAGGAACAUGGCGCCUACAUGAGUUCGACUAUUCUAAAAGACAUUCUUAAUUCUGCAACCCAAUGUAGGCUACCGAUGUUUGCGUUUUGUUCUUUGUAGAUGAUAUUUCUCAUCACCAAGCCUCUGAAUUGUGUCAUUGACAACGAUAGAAGACCGCUGCUGCUGACCGGAUCCUCUAUAAUGAUAAAGUACUCCGGACAUAAACAUUAACAAUGAUGGCUUCCCAGUCCAUGCCUGUAGAGGAGUAUCAGGAGGCUGAACAGAUGCCUGUUGGCCAGACGGAGUGUAAGUCGGGGGAGCGGUAUGGGGAUGCCACUGUUGCCACGGCGCCAAGUCCGCCCCCCUCAGAGCCACACACCCCCAUGGACACAGAUAAGGAGGCGAUCUACAGACAUCCUUUGUUUCCACUAUUGGCGUUGCUUUUUGAGAAGUGUGAGCAGUCCACCCAGAGCUCAGAGUGUGUGUCGUCGGCCAGCUUCGAUGUGGACAUCGAAAACUUUGUGCGCAGUCAGGAGAAAGAGGGCAAAGCCUUCUUCAGCGAUGACCCCGAACUAGACAGCCUGAUGGUGAAGGCGAUCCAGGUGUUGCGUAUCCACCUGCUGGAGCUGGAGAAGGUGAGCGACCUGUGUAAGGACUUCUGCAGCCGCUACAUUGCCUGCCUCAAGACCAAGAUGAACAGCGAGACGCUGCUGAGCGGAGAGCCUGGCAGCCCCUACUCUCCAGUGCAGACACAGACGCCCAGCUCGCUCACAGGCACGCUCAGUCCUCAGGGCAUUAUGGUUCCUGCCUCAGCCCUUCAGCAAGGCAAUGUUACUGUGACAACAGUCAACCCCGCACAGAUGGUAGCAGGUAUGUCACAGUGGCAUACGUCUCCCUCAGGUGGAACGGUGUACCAACCUGUCACAGUCGUCACACCACAAGGACAGGUAGUGACCCAAGCUCUCUCUCCUGGGACAAUACGCAUCCAGAACACACAGCUUCAACUGCAGUUGAACCAGGACCUGAGCUUUUUCAGUCAGGAUGAAGGUUCGUCCAAGAACAAGAGGGGCAUCCUGCCCAAACACGCCACCAACGUUAUGCGCUCAUGGCUCUUCCAGCACAUUGGGCACCCCUACCCCACUGAAGAUGAGAAGAAGCAGAUCGCUACUCAGACGAACCUCACCCUCCUGCAAGUCAACAACUGGUUCAUAAAUGCUCGGAGGCGGAUCUUGCAGCCCAUGUUGGACGCCAGCCAAUCAGAAACGCCCAAAAGCAAGAAGAAGCCACCCCAGAACCGCCCACUUCAGCGCUUCUGGCCCGACUCCAUCGCCUCGGGGGUUGCCCAGCAACACGUUACCAUGGCUGAUGGCACCAUGGUGGCGGUGGGAGAGGACGGGCUGCAGUCUCUGUCGUCGGACGGGGCCACUCUGGCCGUGCAGCAGGUGAUGCUCGGUGGCCAUAGCGAAGAUGACUCAGCCGAAUCAGACGAUGAAGAUCACACAGACCUGUCCGACGCCAACAUUACCAGGCUGGGCCUGGGGCACAGCGACUCGCUGCAGUAGACUCACACAGACACACACACACCACGCUUGAAUGGACUCAGAUGAUGUUACACAAAAAUGCCAACCAAGAAAGAAAAAGAAUGCACAUAUGGUGAUAUUGAGAUUCUAAAACACACACACACACACGCACGCACACACACACACACGCAUGUUUUUAGCGCUGUUCAUAGUACUGUAGCUCAUUUUGAUAUUGGAAUACAGAAGUAGACAAACUUCUAACAUUUUUGUCUAGUCAGAAGAAUGAGUUUGACUGCUAAAUGUACACACACAUACAAUGAGGUGUUUGCUUAUUGUACAUGCACACACACUAGAAGUCUCUCACACACACACACACACACACACACACACACAAAGAAAGCAAGCACAACCACAGCACACAGCGCUCUGGGGACCGCCCGCCACCCCCUCCCCCCCCCCCCACACACACACGUGCAGAGCGACACACAACCUCCAGGUGACCUCUGAACUCUAAUCACAGAGGUCAAGGAGCUCCGUUCUCUCCUGCCCUCUGCAGUGCCAACCAAUCAUACGUCAUCUUCUGUACAGUCCAACCAAUCCAAUCACACGUCGUCUUCUGUCCAGCCCAGCUGACCUUGGCAUGCCUGUGUCUCCCCGCAGAUAAAGCUGAUCUAUUUUUAUACAGUGAUGGCUGACUUCAUGCUUGUCACCUCUGAGUUUUUGCUGUUUGGCCUUUUUUUGUUAGCUUGUUUUUGUAAGAGAUAUUUAUGGAUAAAUAUUUGGUUUUAAAGUUAGAUGUAGGCCCCUGUUUCAAGGGCGUUUCAUGGUGGAUUUUUGUGCUACUUAAAAUGACUGAGUUUGAGACUGUAACACAAGACAUUAUUUCGUUAAGAGAGCCUUUAGUCUAAAGCACACACACACAGUGAGUGAGUUUAUGUUCAUUACCAUGACCUGGCUUCAUCUGAAUCCCACUCUAUGCACAGACACACACAGUGAAACACCCUUUUUAGGCACACAAUCAAAGGCAGAAUGCAAAGAGGUGUGUGUGUGUCUGUGUCUGUGUGAGAGAGAGUGUGAGUGAGUGAGGGCAAGACCAUCUUACAAAGCACACACACACACAAAGACGCACACACAUUAAGAGAGACACCAGAGCCUUGCUCUCUCCGGAUGAUUUCAAAAGUAUUCCGGACAUCAUGGCCCCUUCAGAAUCAUCUGGAAGAUUCAUGAACAAGUUUUUGUGCCUCCUGGAAAACACUAAACUGCUCACGGCAGCUGCCCCCAUUUUUUCAACUCUGCUGAGAAGUGAAAGUCAUGCAUGCAUACAUACACAUCCACUCACACACUCUUGGGUUGGUGUGAGAGGCUCUGAGGAUAUUUGGCGUGAGGUGCCACAGCAAUGCGUUUGUAAUUAAAAAAAAAAAAACACAUGUAACUCUUUGCUUGAUGUUUUGCUUGAUUUUUAUGUGAAGGUUUGCUCUCUUCCACUAUACAAACUCUUGUAAGUGGCAGGUUUCUAAAAUGACGUACACUACACUUUGAUAUUUAUAAUGCAAAAAAAUAGCCGUUAACAAAAUGUACAUCUUUUUGCUGAAAGAGUCUUGUAUAAAAAAAUAAAACAUUUGAAAGCUUUUUU